AUGAACGAUAGCCCACAUACGAACAUCGACGUCGACCUGCUUUCAUUGCCAAAAUGUAGGCGGCUUCCCGGCGAGGUGAUUUCGCCCUUGACAUACACAAAUGACAUCGUGGACUUUGAUCACUGGGAUCAUAUGUUCAUAACAAAUUGUUGCAGGAGUCUAACUCUUUAUGAUUUUGACGGUCCUCCAUCUACAAUUCUUGAUCUCGGAUGUGGACGCGGUCUUUGGGCUAUCGAAGCCGCCAAGCAAUGGCAGGGCAGCACAGUUGUUGGCUUCGACAUCGAGCGCACGCAACCACGCCUUAAUGUCCUCGAAAAGUCUGUUUCUCGUCGGCUAAAAUGGGUACAAGGCAAUCUACUAGAACAACUACCAUUUUUACCCGGCCAAUUUGACUUCGUGAGGAUGGUCCGCAUGGGAUUGCACAUCCCAGAAGAUGAGUGGCCAUCAGUUCUGGCGGAGAUCGCCCGCAUCCUCAAACCUCACGGUGUACUCGAGAUUAUUGAAGAAGACCUUUUAUUCCCCUGCCAAUCUACACGAUCACACGAUGUAACGCCCAGUAGUGGACAGUCUUUCGGUAGCUCCACUCAAGGCUCGAAUACAGUUGUAACCGCAACCUCUUAUCACAAGUCUGUUUUGUCCUUGAAAGCCAAAAAUGGCACAAACACCAGCCUAGAUUCACUUUCUGGAACUUCGUCAACCUCACUACCCUCCGUGCUGGAUACCAAACUUAGGCAUCCAAAACCCCCAGAUCCUCAAGAUCACUCACGACUUCAGCGCGCAUGGGAGGAAAUGCUAUACAAUUAUUUCUUGUCAUCGCAACCACUUUCUGUCUUGCCGUUGUAUCUCUCGUUAUCAUUUCCUAGUAUUCGGUCACAUCCCCCCCUGCAAAUCCCCUUGCCACCCAACUCCUCGGACAAACAACAGCUCACGACUCAACAUUCGAUAUCGACUGUACAGCUCGAUCCUGCAACUCUUUUCGAGCUUCGAGCCUUGUCAGCCCAACCCUCAUCUGAGGCCGAUUCCAGCGCCCGUGCUUCUGUGAUGACGGCAGGGGGUUCCGAGUCUGAGCGGACCAUGUCGUCAUGGGCAUGCAUGCACCUAGCUCGCACUGUGCGGACAAUCGUGGGUUGUAAAGAGUCGAUCUGGAGUGCCUACGAAAGACUGUAUGGCGAAGACCCCACACCUCCAGUCGUCCGAACAACACAACAGAAGUCUACCUCAGCUUGGUCCGACCUCCGCCCGUCACCCACCAAUCCGCUUCGUGAUUACUUUGAACGUGAUUGGAUCAACUGGGAAAACGAUAUGGCAGAUCGCACUAGCUUACGGGGGUGUAUGCAAGCGGAAUUGACGUGGAACGAGCCCGUUGGUAAACCUCCAGAUUGGCGCCUCUGGCGCAAUUCUCUCCGGCAGCAAGAUGCAUGUUCUUCUCGAGAUGAAUUAGCGGAAUAUUGCCGGAGCCUUCGUGGCUUUGUAUGUUUUAAAUCAUAA